AUGCAGGUGAAAGGGGUGGAGUUAACGCACCGCAAUUUCAUCGCGGUCACGGCCAAUUACUUCUACCAAAGGCUGGAGAAAUCGUCUCCGUCGGUGGGCCUUUCCACGGUGCCAUUGUUCCAUGUGUUUGGGUUUCAUUACUUGUUGAAAUCGGUGGCCCUGGGCGAAACGGUGGUGGUGAUGGGGAGGUUUGAUUUGGGGAAAAUGCUGAGGGCGGUGGAGGAGCACAAGGUGACGUUGCUGGCGGUGGCGCCGCCAGUCGUGGCGGGGAUGGUGAAGAGUGAUUUGACUCGGAAAUUUGACCUGCAAUCGCUGGAGGCUGUGGGCUCCGGCGCCGCCCCACUUGGCUUAGAUCUUCGUAUUGAAGCUUUUAAGAAGAAAUUUCCGAAGGUUUCUCUGUACCAGGGUUACGGGAUGACAGAAACGAGCGGUGCACUAUCUAGACCAGUUGGUGAUGAUGAAUAUGCUCGAUUGAGUUCAGUUGGAAAGUUGAUUGGGACUAUUGAAGCCAAAAUCGUUGAUCUGGAUACAGGUGUUGGCCUGCCUCAAGGCAAGCUGGGGGAAUUAUGGAUAAGAGGACCGACCGUAAUGAAAGGAUAUGUGGACAAUCACAAGGCGAAUUCCGAAACCUUGGUGGGAGAUGGGUGGUUGAGAACUGGUGACAUUUGCUAUAUCGAUGAUGAGGGCUUCCUUUUUGUGAUCGAUAGAGUGAAGGAGUUAAUCAAAUACAAAGGAUAUCAGGUUUCUCCUGCUGAGCUGGAAGAACUGCUCCUCUCUCAUCCUGAUAUCAUGGAUGCUGCUGUUAUACCAUACCCUGAUGAAGAUGCUGGUCAAGUGCCCUUAGCCUUUGUAGUUUGUCGCCCCAAAAGCAACCUUGAUGAGCAACAAAUCAUCGACUUUAUUGGAAAACAGGUUUCCCCGUACAAGAAAGUAAGACGAGUAGCAUUUAUUAGCUCUAUACCCAAAAGUGCAUCCGGGAAGAUAUUGAGAAAAGAAUUACUGAAAAAUUCAUUGCCUCGGUCUAAGAUUUAA